AUGUCGGCAACAGCAGUAGCAGCCAUCUCCGACGAGGAGCGCAGGAAGAAGUCCGUCUAUUACGAAACAUGCACAAGCCCGUUCAAGGACGACUUUCCCACGCUCGUCAAGUGCUUGAGGUCUCCCGAACCAGGAAAUCCACACACGCGGCAAGAGGCUGGGUUCCUCCUGUGGCACCAUGCCCUGGGGGGUGACGACCCCUCGGGGCUGGUGUCCGCGGGGCUCCUGACUGCGUGUGUCGCCAACCUGGAUAGCACUGAGGUGCUGCUGGCGGAUAAGGCGUGCAGCGCAGGUAUCUUACUGGCCCUGGCCUGUGACGACGAGGAAGUUGCGGAGCAGCUGCUCAAAGUACGGAGCCCCUCCGGCCGUACGUCUCUGGAGGUACUGCAUGCCGUAGUGUACGACGACGCGGCGCUGGCCCGACAGUACUGCAGCCGUCUUCUGCAGUCGCUGGCCCGACAGGUGGCCCCAUCCGUACUCCGCGCCAUGGACAACCAGCUGCCGUACUUACCGACCUACCUGACUGUUUGGGCCGUCAAGGAGCACCGUGACGCCGUCUCGGUGGCGGCGCUCGUGGAGAUGCUGCAGCUGCUGCUGGAACAGCGCCCCGAGUUGGCCCCCUCGGUGGUGAGUGCGGGCGGUGUGGACGCGCUGAUGGACCUGGUCCGGAGCCACAAGUCGGAGGCAGCCGUGGGAGCGGCGCUGCAUUGCCUGAUGAGGCUACUGGCAGUGGAGGCGGCUCAGGAGCUGUUCAUCUGCUGCGGCGGUAUUGACGUCCUGGUGGACGUGAUGGGACCCCCGCCCAAGGUGGCGCUGGAGAACAGAACGACGACCAUUCAAGAAGAGGAGGAUGAGGGGGAGGCACCGAGGGCUCCGGAACCGCCGCAGCUGUCCGCGGCAGCGGCCGCCGCCGCGGCGUGGCGUCGUACUCCUCAAGCUGACGAGGACGCCGAGUACAGCGACGGGGGGCUCCGCAGCCCCAAGGGCCUCAGCUGGGCCGACCUGAGCCCCACCGCCAGCAGCCCCCGGACAGCGGGAGCGACUGCUGCUGCCGGAGGUGGCGGUGGCGGUGGCGCCAGUGGGUGGAGCUCCGCGAGGACCAGCCACCGCUCCCUGGGCAGUCAUGGCAGCACCUCCCUGCAGGCCCGCGUGCAGCUGCCCCUCGUCAUCCCGGGGCUGCACUCCGCCGCCUCAGCAGCGGGGGGGGGUCUCUCCUCCACCCCCUCGGGGAACCCGGUGAUGGGCUCACUGGGGUCGCUACCCUCGUCACAUCAGCAUGCGAGCUCGCGGACACUCCGGCUGUCGCUGAGUCAGGGUGCCGACCGUGCCGCUUCGACGGCCGACGGCGGUGCCGAAGCCGCCGCCGCCGCCGCGGCAGCAGGCGACGGCGAUGGUGGCGGCGGGGCUGGGACAAAUGUAGGUGGCGGCAAUCCAGCGGCGGCGGCGCCGCUGUCGCAGUCGUCACCGCCGCCGGCACUUCCCACCGCCGCCGACCUAGCCACCAACCGGUCAGGACUGCGGUGGAUUUUACUUCCCGGACUGGAGGUGGCCUCUCGAGCAGCAGCUUGCCUCACCUUGGUGCUUAUGCAUCGCCCCGGCCGGCAGGUAGAGGCUGAGGUGCGACUGGCCUCCCACCGCAUCCUGGCGCAGCUGAAGGCGGUCAUGGGCCCCAAGAUCGGUGGUGUUUUUAGUUUUUUUUUGUUUUGUCUUCCCUUGCGUGUCGUAGGCUCCUCCGCGCACGGCAAGAAGGCCACUAAGAAGAAGGGCCUGGGGCUGACGGCCGAGCAAACGGCGGCUCUGGGGCGUCUGCUUGGUUUGCUCAAGUUCCUUUCACUGCACAACACAACGCGGUACCGCAUCGCAAACUUGGGUGCCGUACCCCAACUUGUGCGGCUGUACGGCGAGGCUAAUGACUACCUGCUCCGGAACCACUGUCAGGCCAUCCUGGCCAACGUUGCGCUGCUAGCUGAGAACGGCGUCGCGCUGAGGGACGCCAAGAUGCCGGAGGAGUCGUACCCGCAUUCGCCUGACCACGACUUUCUUCCAGCUGCACCUCCUUCCCUUCCCUUCCCUUCCCUUCCCUUCCCUUGCUCCACAUUGAUCAAAAUCGUUUUAAAAACGCGACGUAUCGUUAUCGCUACGGACGACAACGACAACGGCAACGACAACGACAACAACGACCCGUGUGGUUACAGUUUCUGGUCUCUAACCCCAUGA